GAGUAGAUCACAGCACGAGCUAAAUCAGCGCUGAUGCAACACACUGACAGGUCCAUCCGGCUUCUUUUAUUUAUCAGUUAAAACCAGUUUCCGCAAGGUAAGGCUAUUUGGGAGACCACCAUGGGAGACCAGCUCAGCCCAGAUGACAAGUUUCACCUUAUCACCAGGAACCUGCAGGAGGUUCUUGGUGAGGACAAGCUGAAGCAGGUCCUUCAGGAGAGAGAGCUGAAGGUGUACUGGGGAACGGCCACAACAGGGAAACCCCACGUAGCCUACUUUGUACCAAUGUCCAAGAUUGCCGACUUCCUCAAGGCUGGCUGUGAGGUGACCAUCCUGUUCGCAGACCUGCAUGCGUUCCUGGACAACAUGAAGGCUCCUUGGGAGCUGCUGGAGCUCAGGGUGCGUUACUACGAGCAGGUGAUCAAGGCCAUGCUGGAGAGCAUCGGGGUGCCGCUGGACAAGCUCAAGUUUGUCAAGGGGACAGACUUCCAGCUCAGCAGGGAGUACACUCUGGAUGUGUACCGCUUGUCGUCCAUGGUGACGGAGCAUGACGCUAAGAAGGCAGGUGCGGAGGUGGUGAAGCAGGUGGAGCACCCUCUUCUGAGCGGCCUGCUCUACCCCGGCCUGCAGGCCCUGGAUGAGGAGUAUCUGAAGGUGGAUGCCCAGUUUGGGGGAGUGGACCAGCGGAAGAUCUUCACCCUGGCUGAGAAGUACCUGCCCUCCCUGGGCUUUGCCAAACGUGCUCAUCUGAUGAACCCCAUGGUGCCAGGCCUUACAGGCAGCAAAAUGAGCUCCUCUGAAGAGGAGUCUAAGAUUGACCUGUUGGACAGGAAGGAGGACGUGAAGAAGAAGCUGAAGAAGGCCUUCUGUGAGCCCGGGAACAUCCAAAACAACGGAGUCCUGUCCUUCGUUAAACAUGUCCUCUUCCCCCUGCACGGAGAGUUCUCCAUUAGAAGAGAUCCCAAGUUCGGAGGAGAUCAAGUCUUCACAGUAUUUGAAGAAGUGGAGAAGGACUUUGCAGCGGAGCUGAUCCACCCUGGUGACCUGAAGGCCUCGGUGGAAGUGGCCCUCAACAAGCUGCUGGACCCCAUCAGGAAGAAGUUUGAGUCUCCUGAGCUCCGUAAACUCACCAACACGGCCUACCCAGACCCCUCCAGAACCAAGGCCGCAGGCAAGGGGAACCCCAAGGCAGGGGGGGAGGAUGAUGACCUAGUCCCCUCCAGACUAGACAUCCGGGUGGGGAAGAUCAUCAGCGUGGAGAAGCACCCAGACGCUGACUCGCUGUACCUGGAGAAGAUCGACGUGGGGGAGGCGGAGCCCAGGACGGUGGUGAGCGGGCUGGUGGCCUACGUUUCCCAGGAGGCACUGCAGGAUCGGCUGGUGUUGCUGCUCUGCAACCUGAAACCCCAGAAGAUGAGAGGGGUGGAGUCUCAAGCCAUGCUGCUCUGCGCCUCCAUUGAGGGAGAACCUAGGAAGGUGGAGCCUCUUGACCCUCCAGAGGGGUCGUCGCCAGGGGAACAGGUCUUUGUGGAAGGGUACGAGGCGGGCAAGCCAGACGACAAACUGAACCCGAAAAAGAAAGUGUGGGAGAAACUCCAGGUCGACCUGAAGGUGUCCGGGGACUGUGUAGCACAGUGGCAAGACAAGAACCUGAUGACCAAACUAGGACAGAUCACCUGCAAAACACUGAAGGGCGGAAACAUCAGCUAAUCACACAUUCUCUCUCCCUCUCUCGUGCUCUCAAAUAUGCUCUCUCCAUACCCACACACUGUCCUACUAUGCUGCUUCAAGUUACAACCCCACAAACUUGUCACCAUGGGAACAGCACUCGACAUUCUGCAUUCUCUAAUGUGUUUUCAUGUGGAGUGGAAUGAAGCCCUGUCGGUCCUUUCCUGUGUAAAUGUCAAGGUUGGUCUUGAUAUAUCAGGAAACUGAGGAAGGUUGAUGUUGCCUAUGCAAACUCCUGAGGAUCUGGAACAUUUUGUGAUUGAGUGGGAUGUUGUCUUGUGUUUUUUAACAAGUGAUAGAGGUGACGGUUGUUUCUAGCAUCAGGUGUACUGUAAAGGAAAUCAAACUACAAUGCCAUCAAAUCUCCAUUUGGUUCUUACCCUCUUAAACAAACAAUUAGCCUCACUGUCAACUGUCACACAAUAUUGAGUCAUCUGUACAUGAAUAAACGCUGGUUAAAAUCUGGGAUCGUGCACUCUAAGGAGUG